AGUGGGCGCGUGUCACCUUCACGCGAAGACAUGGGGCGACGGUGACGCUCCAUGCGCCCCGCGAAAUGGAAGACCGUCGUCCUCGCUACCGUAGCUGUUUUCGUCCACGGCGAGCGUGAGGAGCUUCCAGGCGCCGAUGUGCAGCUUCUUCAGCUCUCCCUCACGACCGACCUCAUGCAGCACACGCCGAGUCAUGUGAGUCCGGACGCCAUGCGUCCGGGGCUGGUACGGUUCAUGCACAUCCCCAAGACGGGGGGCACUAGCAUCGACGCUGCAGGGAUGCACCAAGCCAUUCCAGCCUUUGACUCGCUGAUGCGACAGACCUACGAGCGCAUCGCACAGAAAUCCGAUUACCAUGGUGAUUUGGGCGACCUCUACGUGAGCUCGCACAGCUCUUACCUCACUUAUUCCGCCUUUAUCGCGCAGAACGUCCAGGAAUACCACUUCCUGCCGCCCAAUGCUUCCGACCAAUGUGAGGAUUUGCACACGCCUCCUUCGCGAAGUGAGUUCAUCCGCGAGUACUACCGGACGAACCUCACCUUUUGCGCCGUGCGCGACCCCCUGGAGCGUUUCUGGAGCGCCUUCCGCAUGAUGAGUUUGUCCGCUUGUGAGCCAGAGGCCAUCGAAGCGGCGACUCUGGGGCUGUUGGCGACGGCCACGGUGACGCCGUACAUCUGCAAUUGCUUUCUGGUGCCUCAGGUGGAGAGUGUGUAUGGUACACGCAACUGGUCGACUUCCUCCACGCGCUAUUGCCAGCGUUUGCUGUACCAGGAGAACCUCACCGCGGAAUUCGAGGCAUUCAUGGAGGAGAUUGGCCGCCCUGAGGUGAAGCUUCCGCACGAGGAGCUCAUGGCGGAUUGGUCCAGUUGUGACCUGAAGACCGGGCAGCUGACGCCCAAGACCCGCCAAGCGGUGUAUGAGUUCUACAAAGCCGACUAUGAAGCCUUCGGUUAUGCUCCGCCAAGCUUCUGAGAGUUAGUGGAAUUUGGGCUCCGGCAGCGAAAUGAGUGUGUUUUGGUGUGCCACAAUGUACUCCAACACUGAAACAUUCAAUGUACUCAAACCAGCCACAUGGAACGACGGAAACUGGUGGAGUUUGCCACAUGGAGCACUCGC